AACAAGCAACAAGCAAAGCAAAAAGCAAAAAGUCCCCUAUCCUUGUCGGCAUCGGCAGGGUUGGCAGCCACCCACCGGGAGCCACAAGCCACCGAACCCUUGAACGACAACCACGCAGUCCCCACCCCGAGUGGCUGAUGAUCUUUGCGAUAACAAAGUCAUGGCCACAACUUCUAUGAAUCGCAACAAGUACCUAUUCCAGAGACAUCGACAUCUCUCGCUUCAUCUUCUCUUCAUCCCUCUCGUUAGCUGCCAUGUUUAUGAUGAUGUAAGAAACGCAGAUUUAACCCAAACCUUUCUUCGAAUUCUUGAUAGCUGCCUUUUAGGGAACAGUGAUGGCUACGGUCCGUCACUGUUUAAUCCGGCAUGGAAGCACGGCGAUCCGUGUAGCCUGGAACACGUGGGAGCAUGUGGGGUUGAAUUGAAUUUCCCAGCAAUCAGAAUAUCAACCAGACAAACUGCGAUUGUGGGCUUUUGGGUUGUCGAGAGCGAAGAGAGCGAAGAGAGCGAAGGUUUAGGAAUUCGAUGAAGAUAUCAAAUCGGAUAUGUUGAGUUGUUUAGACAGCAUAUAUGGAUGGUGAACCGCGAAGAGCUGGUACAUACGGGGUAUAGAGCUCAUUACAUGUG